AGUGUCAGUGACUUCAAUGCCCGGCUCAGUUUCUGGCUGUCUUUCUAUGAUGGUAUACCGCGUUUGCAUUUAAGUUUCCGUUAUCCGCUCAUAACAUCUCGGUGAUUUUUAAUUGUUUAUACAUUUUUUAUUUUCGUAAAGAUAAUAAGAAAGAAUAUAAGUUCGACCGAUUAUCCCAGUUACUUUUUUACUUGCACGGUUCUUUCGUUGAUAUUUUUUCUCAUUUGUGUACCAACAAAUUAAUAAUUCUAAUACUAAAAUUUUGUUUUUAAAUUCAGCGUUCGUGUAGUGCAUGUGUAUGUGCAAGUGCGCUGUACGAUUAACGUAUAAUCUGUCUAAAAAUAUACGUGCAUAAAACGUCGCUGUCGGUGUGAUCGACACAAACAUGUGAUUUUAGUUGUAACGUCACUACAAGACGAUGUGGAGAAAUAAUUUUAAAAUGACCAUGCUACUGCUGCUUGUUAUCGCCAUUAUCGGCGUGGCGUGCGGCGAAAACGACAGCGGACGUUCGGAUGGAGUAGUGCGAGUUGUGCGCAGGCGGCAUCUGGACGAGGCGACCAAGACGGGUCAAGAAUCGAACGAGAUCGACGACGAUCACCAUCGGCGGGCCGACAUGUCACUGACCCGGGCCGAAGAAUUCAAGUCGACCGCGGCGUCGUGCGGCGGCGGUCCGUGCGGCGAAAUGCCAAAAACGGAAUCGGCUGCGGCGGCGGCGGCGCCCGACGACGACUCUCAACUGAUCGCGUCGUCUGCCGUCCCUUCGUCGGCCGUCCCGCCGUCCACGGCAGACGAACAGACGUCCCAGUCGCAAUACUAUUACGAGUACGUGGGACCGACAAAGAUCGGUUCGGGGGAAGCCAAGAGGGCUUCGUCGCGUGGCAGAUCACUCGUACCGACGGAGCCCGAUACUGCAGCGCAACAGCCGCCGCAGACACGACAGCAGCAGCAGCAGAUGGAUGUGGCGGCGGCGGUGGCGGACCGUCAUCAGCAGAUCCGUAAAGCCGGCAACAGCGACAUGGAAGACAUACUGGACGGGUUCGUCAAGCUGCUGAACGGUCAGCCCGGUCAAGCCGGUUACCGGCAGCCGAUCAAGACGCGCAUCAACAACCGCGGACCUCCCCGCAUAUCGGACGCCUCGGUUGUUCUGGAACCGCCGGCGUUCGUGCCAAUGCCGCAACACCAGCACCAACAACAGCAACAGCACCAACAACAGCAACAGCACCAGCAACAGCCACCAUCCCAGAACAAGCCGAAGGACCCGCCGCCGUAUCCGUUCGACGUACCGCAGCCCGUCCGGCCACUGCCACCCCAACCACCCAACCUUAUCAAGCCGUUCUUGACCGGCGUGCCACUGCCCGAACAGCUGGUGCCCACUAAUGGUGGCGACGAUGACGAAGAUGAGCUGGGCCCACCAUCUCUGCAGUACGAAGACGACGUGUCGCAUCCGCCGUCGUCGUCCAGACGACCGGUGCAGCACCUGCAGACUGCCAGGCCACAACAGGAGUACGACUUGUUUGCGGACGGCCACGCGCACGGCGCCGGCCACGCGGUCCCAGCCGCUCCCAGACCGGUCGAAAACGCGACGGAAAAGUUCACGAUAGACGUGCCUUCGUCUCAGUCACCGCCGCCCUCUGACAGACCGGCCGCGGUCACUGUCUCCGAGAGACCGACCACGACAGACAAACCAUGGUCAGCGAUCGAUAUCAACGCGACCCGUGUGAUCGGAAUCCAAGUGUCGAAACUCGUCGACCACUUGACCUCACCGGUGGUACCCUCCUCGCCUAUCGGGGUAAGCGAUCCCACCGCAGCCGCCUCCUCUGCCGCACCCACGACGACGACGACGACGACGACGGUGACAACCAGCACCGCUAGCACUAGCGCCAGCACUGCCGCUGAAUCAACGUCCGCAACGACGGCCACGCGACCGGAAACCACGUCAGCCGGUGAACACGUGACCGGCGUCGGUUCGGCUGUCGUGGUGCUUGAGCCGUCCACUUCGGAGGAACCGCAUCGUGACGACGCGCACAAGCCUACCGACAACAAACUUCCCAGCAAGCCCACGGCACCCGUUAAGAAGACCCCACAACAGUCCGAAGGGUUCCCGUACUAUUCACGUCCAGGGAUCGUGCUGGAUGAUCCGGAAUUCAAACCGCACAUCGGAGGCCAAAGGCGUCCCAUCCAAGUUCAGGUGCCCAGCAAAGGUGACGUGUUCGACAUAAUGGUGUCCGCCAUACAAGGGCCGGGCGACAAGCCAGCACUGCUCAGUCCCGACGAAAUAUCUCCGUCGGGCGUUGGAAAAGGAGAAGUGUCCGUGAUAACGUCGGCAGAACCGAACCAGCAGUUCGUGUCCAUCGACGGUAAACGAACGUACAUCAACUUGUUCGGAUCGGCGGAACCAACCGCGGUGGCGCCUCAGUCCAUAAAACCGACCAGCGCUGCUUCCGGAUCGUAUUCGGUCAGCCAAGUGCUGCAGCCGCACGGCGCGUCCAGCCCGCCGGGACCACCGCCACCGUCGCCGUCGAGCGGAGGCAAACCGUCGGCGCCGGCCUGGAAACGGCCCACGCACCCGCCAGUGAGAAUCGACACUUGCAUUGUGGGCGACGACACGACGUGCGAUGCGGCGCAGCACGAAAGGUGCCGCACCGAGCUCGGCGUGUCCUCGUGCCUCUGCAGGCCCGGGUAUAGCAGGCGAAAGCACCGGGACCCGUGUCACAGGAUCGUGUCCAUUGUUUUUUCGCUACGCGUUGAUCGGUUGUACGACAACAAGAUCACGUGGUCGGACAAGUACAAAGAUUCCGAGACCCAAGAAUAUCAACAACUUGAACACGAAGCAGUUAGAGCGAUCGAUUCGGCGUUUUCAAUGACACCGUUUUCGGACACGUUCGUCGGCGUCAAGAUCAACAACGUUUACAUGUCCAAAACGACGCCCGGCAUGCCGGUCAUGGUUAACGCCACGGUGCAGCUGACGGAGAACGCGGAACACUUGCGGUCAUCCGUCAAGCAGGACGUGCAAAAGCAGCUGACGGGCGCGCUGCAGAGGCGCAACAACAACGUGGGCACCAGCGGCCUGUGGGUGGAUUCGCCGGCCGGAGCCAUAUCGCAACUUCAUGAUCUCGACGAGUGCAGCGGUCCGGAACUGAACGACUGCCAUCCGUUGGGCAAGUGCACGAACUUGUUCGGCACGUUCCAGUGCGCAUGCCCGGACGGUUACAGGGACCCGUGGAUCGGAAACGCUCAGCGCAGCGGCCGGACUUGCGAGACGUGCGACCCGGGCCAGUGCAAUCUCCGGGGCGAAUGCUUCUUCCAGGCCGGACAGCCGGUGUGCAAGUGUUCAGGAUCGUUUUACGGGUCGCAGUGCGAGAUCGACGGCGAAGUGCUGAGCGUGGCGGUCGGCUCGUCCGUGGCCGCCAUAUCCAUCAUCGUGCUGACGCUUGUGUGCCUGUGCGCGUGGAGCCGCCGCUGGAACAAGGAGCAGAAAGUCGGCUCACCCGUGUUCGGGUACAUGCCGACCGGCGGCAGCACUGUGAAAACGCCCGUGAUCGGCGGCCCACCGUACCAGGUGUCCAUCGAGGACCGCAUGAGGUGGGCCCAGAUCGCCGACGCCAUGGCGCACGCCAACCAUUACGCCCCCGAACCGGUAAACGGCACCAUGCGGUCGAACAUGUUCGGGUACGCCGGCGCACCGAUGCCUCUGCCCCGGCUCCGGCCCCCGGGCACGAGCACGAUUUCGCACGCAUUCCGCACGCCGGAGUCGAGCACCAGCGAAGAAGAGGACCGGACCGACCUGCUGGGCCGCAACUUCCAGACUUCCUCCAGACCAAAAAGCAGGUCUUCGUUGGCCAAUCAGAGCGGAAUUUACUACGACGUGGAUUACGAACAACAGCAGGGCGAAAUGACGUUCUCGCCCGGUUGCAUUCCGCUGAGCACGUACACCAUUGGCAGCCGCUCAAACUACUACAGAUGAUGAUGACGAUGACGAAGAUUAUGCCGACGACGACGACGAAAAUCUCACGAUACAGUUGUAUGGCCGAUGACGAUCAUCGCCAGUGUACUAUAAAUUAUAUAUUAUUAUUAUUAUUAUUAUUAUUAUUAUUAUUAUUAUUAUUAUUAUCAUCGUUUAAACUUUAAGCGACACAGACUGAGGACACAAAACGCGUUUGCGCGUAACCCAAUAAAAUAAUAAUAAUAUACCUGUACACUGUUAUUGUUGUACACCCUACGUAACAUUAUAUUAUAUUUAUAUAUGCCAUUGAUGAAAAAAAAAAAACCCCCUAAUCGUGUAAUAAUAAUAUUCGUGUUAAGUAUAAUUAUUAUAUCAUUAUAUCGCGUUAAAUAUUUGUACGUGGACUAGCAUAAAAAUAAGCGCGUCCGAGCCGUAUAUUAUGAUAUUUUAAUAAAAUAUAAAAUUAUGUUUUUGUAACAAAUACGACGAUAUAAUAUAGUACCUAUAUAUAAUAAUAAUAGUUAAUUGUAAAGCAAUACUAUAUUUUGGACUUGUCGCACUUCGUGCUUUUGGCGUGACGUCACUGACCGGUUGACUUGGUGAUGUCACCCCGAGAGCGGCCGAAGACGUUAUCAUUUUGAUAUUAUCAUGUUUACCUUCAAACCGAUAUCAACGACAUAUUACACGAUAGAUAAUAUAUUGUAAUAUAUUAAUUGUGUGCGCGUAAAAUAUUUUAAAUAUAGUAUUCCUGUAUAUAAGAUUAUUGAUGUGUGUGUAUAUGAAAUAAUAAACGCGGAAAAGUGUCGGAUACAUCUAUAAAACUGUGUAAUGUACAACAUUAUAAUAUGUAAACACUUCCAAUCUAUUUAAUGUCAUAUAUUGUAUACGCCCAGGUAUACGGUCAUAUACUUGUAUAAUAUUUGAGCUUAAUCGUGAUAUUCAACGUAGUAAUAUUAUAUACUACCUAUAGUAUCGUCCGUCUCAAUAUACAUAAUAUGUCAUAUUAACGCAUUAACGUUUAUCAAUAGACUUGUGCCAUAUAAACGUUUGCGCGCAUUCGAAAUGACAACAUGAUAUGAUAUUUUAUUAUAAUAGUAUACAAUAUCCCUCUCUAUAUGAUUAGGUGUAGGUACCAGAUGGGUACCUAUAUGAACACGAUUAACGACUAUAUUGUACCGAAAAUUUCGACUUUUGGAUUUCCUUCUCUUAUAAUUGUUUGUUUUUUUAUUUUCACCGCACACAAUCCAGCGUGUACUGUACCUGUAUAUUAUAAGACCGAGGGUUAAAACAUAAACAUUUUCAACAUUCUUUAUACGCGUGUACAUACUAUAUUAUUUAGUAUAAUUUUUUUUUUUUAUUAUUAUUAUUAUUAUUGUUUAAGGCUCUAAAUAUCAACUUGAGUCAUAUAAGUUGUAUUAUUACCUUAUAACUGUAUAGGUGAUUAUAGUUAUUUAUGUACUGGAAGAUUAUAAUAAAACUAUUAUAAAUUUUA